GCGGCGGUUGUGGGCACUUCAAAUCGCGUUAUGUCGGGCCCACUAGAGAAGAACAAUGGCAGUGAAAACAACAAUGGCAGCAACAAGGACGUCAGACUCCUACUCCUGCCCGAAAAGUCCUGCGCUGAAAAGGCACUGACGGGCCUGCCUCGCGCUCCGCUACAGAAGAUUUUCAUCGACGACCUGACAAAGUCGGAAAACGUCGGAGCGGGAAAAGUGCGACAGCGCGUGUGGCGGGUGCCCUGGUUUAUUUUGCUGAUGUGUUUUAUGCAGAUAUCUCUGCAUCUGAUUGUCAACGAGUGCAUGCAAAGAAGACUGAUUUACAAGCCCGACUGGAGUGGAGAGUACUGGCGACUGCUGACCUACAUGCUGCUCCAUGCCGAUUCCUGGCACCUAGUUCUCAACAUUUGUCUUCAGUGCUUCAUAGGCAUCUGUCUGGAACUGGAGCAGGGUCACUGGCGUCUGGCCGUGGUCUAUGCCGUGGGUGGCUUAUCCGGUUCAUUGGCCAACGCCUGGCUGCAACCGCAUCUUUUGUUAUUAGGUGCCUCCGCCGGAGUCUACGCCAUGCUGGGUAGUCAUGUGCCCCACCUGGUUCUGAACUUUUCGCAGUUGUCCCAUCGGUUCGCCCGCAUAGCCGCCCUGCUGAUUCUGUUCCUCAGCGACGUGGGCUUCACCACAUUCCACUUUCGCCACAAUCACAAUCGCAACCCGCGUAUCAGUCUGGAGGCGCAUUUGGGCGGGGGCGUGGCCGGACUACUGUGCGGAUUCCUUGUUUAUCGGAAGAUGCGCCAAAAGUUUAUAUACUUUUAGUCUACAAGUAUUUAGUAAUUAAACUAGAGUAUUUUUGUAUUAAACAUUAUGCUGGUAAAUAGUUAUGUUUUAAAAUUAAAAUGUAU